AUGGGCCUCUUUGACUUCUUCAAGUCCUCGAAGGACGAAUCUCCCCGUACCCAACAACCAACUUGGGAUCCUAACACUAUGACGAUGCAACAACCGUCCAGUCCUCCUGCUCCCAUUGUGGACCGUGCUGUGUCGGAGCAACCGAGAAAAUGCAGUUGCGUGGUGGUGGCGCGGGUGAUUGUUGCUGUGGAAUUUGCGCUGGUAUCCUUUGCUUUGAGUGCUGUGAAGAGUGUUGUUAGUUUGGUGGAAAUUGAUUACAAUCGGAAGGCGUGUGGAGGAAGGCCAUCUGGCUAUGAGUUAUACCCGUCUACGCGUUAUUGGUCUACAUGUCUUGUGAAAUUCUCGAUGUCGAAAUCAUGA